UCUUCAGUUGGUCUUCCUGUUGGUAUCACACGGAACCCCAAAGCCCUCGUCCUCCUUCCUUCGUCCCUCUCUUCGGCGAUUGAUCAUCGGCGACCAGAAUGUCGGACCAAAGGUUGGAAGCCGAGUCGGUCCUCGCCGGAGGCUCGUGAGAUUGGUGGCACGAGCGUUUUACGACGACUUAGGAUUCCAGGGCGAGGAACUGAUCACUGGUUGCGCAGGGGAGGCCGGCCUAGCCGUUGUCCUUCUCGACGCCCUCACUCGGUGUCGAUGCCAGUGGGUUGAGGAAGAGGAGUUGGCAAAGGUGCUUAAGCUUAACAAGAGGAAAUGCUUGCAGAUCCUGCAUUAUUUUGAAGCUGAGAGAUUCCUGAAAAGAAAGAUACCAAAGACAUCCAUAGGUGAUCCUGGUACACCAUCUGGCGCAUCGUCAACUGGACAUGUUAUUAAAUCCUAUUGCUGUUUGGAUUACCCCCAGAUUUGUGAUAUCACACGCUAUAAGAUAAGCAUGAUGAAAGCAAAUUUGAAGAAUCAAUUGGCUAACAAAGUUGUGGAAAGCUACACAUGCUGUGGCUGUAAAAGAAGAUAUUCAGUAUUUGAUGCAAUGCAGCUGGGGUCUUUUGAGUGUGAGAGCUGUUCCAGAGAGUUAGUGAGGGAAGGUGACGAGGAAUCAAAUGAUGCAUCACGCGAUGGAAGAAAGAGAAGGAAAACUAAUUUGUCAAACAAACUCCAAAGAAUUCAGGAGCAGCUGGAACCCUUGGCAUCUCUACUUGAUAUGAUCGAGAAGUUGCCUGCGUUGGAAUUUUUGUAUCUUUAUGAUGAUGAUUUGCCAAGGAGCAGUGGACAUGAUGCAGUCAGGGUCCUUGGGGAGAAGAUGGUUGAAGCAUCACCAGCUUUGAAUAGAAUGCCAGAUCCUGAAAAACAUAUUAAUCUUACCGAGUCAAAGAUCUUGCCUGACUGGAUGAUAAGAGAAGGUAUGUUACAAAAGAAUACUCAUACUGGUGAUGACUCAGCGCUCAACGAAAGUACCCAGGACGCAUAUGCUAAGGCAUAUAGACAGGCACUUUACGAGGCUUAUUCAAGAGAUACCCCAGCAGCAGUGAGAAGGUAAAAUGUAUAGCUGUGGAUGCCAGGACAAGGGGCUGGAUGGGGAUGCGAAAAUUUGUAGGAGUGGACGAGCUCGCGUGCACACGGAAUCAUCGUCCACUAGUUCGCAUAGGGAUCCUGGUCGAGCUAGGUAUUAUAGAUAGUAUAGUAAAGUAUCUGACCGACCUACAGAACAGCUAUGCGGGUCCACAUCUCAACUAGACGGCUGUUUGGGAGUCCACGGCCACGGAAUCCUGUACAGGCUUGUAGCGAUGGACCGGCUUGGCAGGCUAAACGGCCGCGGAAGUAAUCGUUUGCGGGACGUCAGCAUUUAAGGGCCUGUUCGGUUUGGAUGUGAAGAAAUCAGUGGAAUGUAACCAGGCUAAGGAAUAGCACAUGAGUGAGAUGUCAAAACGGAGGAAUGAAAAGUACGGGAAAGAUUUGGGAUAUGAAACGUUCGGACUGUGGGAAAACUAAGCAAAGGAAAUAGAUAGAGGCGUGUGAUAGAUUACAAAAUUGGGACCCAUCAGUGCAAAUAAACUAGAGACUUUAUUCCAUGCAUGCAUGCGGCAGAUGUGGGUCCAGAGAUAAAGUCUACAGAGGCAAGACCAUGGUCUGAGCUCA